AAUCUCCCCUUCUCUUACUCUCUACGUUCAUUCAUUGAGCUUAUAGACAAAAUGGCAGGCGAUUCAUUUGCACCUGGAGAUGCUAGUAAAGGUGCUGGGUUGUUCAAGACCCGUUGUGCUCAAUGUCAUACUCUAGGCAAAGGAGAAGGUCAUAAAGUCGGACCUAACCUACAUGGUGUAUUCGGUCGUAAAACCGGUCAGGCCGAGGGUUUCUCUUACACUUCUGCCAAUGUCAACAAGGGUAUUGAAUGGUCUGAACAAACCCUCUUCGAAUACCUAGAAAACCCCAAGAAAUACAUUCCCGGUACCAAGAUGGCGUUUGCUGGUCUCAAAAAGGCGAAGGACAGGAACGACUUGAUUACUUAUCUCAAAGAAGAGACCAAGUAAAAGUCAUUCCAUCCUUAGUCCAUACAGGCCAUACACGUUUCUUGCAUGCACCUCUCAUAUGUUG